UAAAGAAUAAUGGAUUUAAAUAAUACUAAUUUAACGAACAAUGGCAUAGACAUUAUAACACUCAAUGAUCUCCGUGCUCAGUUCUUGUUGCCAAACACCGUGGUUUUGAGUGUGUACUUGGUGGUUGGUGUCAUAGGAAACUUUUUGGUGUUUUACGUGUAUAAAUUCUGCAUGUCCAGACACCGCUCAGACAGGUUCUUUAUUCCCUAUCUGGCAGUUUGUGAUGCCUUGUCUUGUAUAAUUGGAAGUGGAUUCGCCAUCUCUUUAAACAUGCGGCCCAUUCGCUUUUCGGGAGAUGCUCUGUGUAAGGGUGUAUGGUUCAUGACGAAGUGGUCAACAGUUGUGUCUGCUCUUAUGCUGUUACUGAUAGCGGUAGAUCGGUACAAGAAAGUAUGUCGACCCUUUAAAAAUCAGAUGACACCCCUGGCCAAACAAGUAUCCAUGGUGACGAUUUUUGUUGUUUCCGCUGUAGUAACAUUUCCAACUAUAUUCUUUCAUGGUGAAAUCCAGUUUUCAGCAAGGGGUGCACCCCAUCUUACAGGACAUAUGUGCGGUCGAAAUAGUCUCUUUACUGGACUGGAGACAUAUUUCACGGUGUAUAACGGUGUUCUUGCUUCAUUGGCUUUCAUAGGAAUCACCACCGUCACAAUUUUAUAUUAUUUCGUUGGAAAGACCAUUUAUAAACAGACGAAAUUUCGAAAUCGUUUUACCUCCUCUCCAAGAAAAAGCUUUGUUCCUGCAAAUUUACCCAAAUCAGACUCCGGAGUCGUGUCAGAUGGAAAUGAUGACGUUUUCGUCGACAAUUCAACUAAAGAGGAAUCUGACAAUAAAAAACGAAAGGAUUCGUCAGAAUCCUUCUACUCGACAGACGAUGAUCUUGAAGACUCCAGUAUUCCAGUAGCAAUUCGAGAAAAUGGUCGACGUAAAAAGAGCAUCGUCAAUCAAGUCCUAAGUGUUCAGCAAACUCUAAAGAAGUACAAGAUCUCCAUCUUAUUUAUGUUAAUCACAGUGGUAUUUGUACUAACAUUUACACCCAGACUAGCCAUAAUGAUUCAGGAGGCAGCAAAUAAGGAGUUUUGGACUGGACUCUCAGACAACCAAAUAAGACUGACUUUAUUUUUCUAUAGGUUUUACAUCGUCAAUAACAUUGUAAACCCAUUUCUUUAUGCUGCAUUUGAUCCCCGUUUUACUCGUGAAAUUAAAAAGCGUAUACCAUGUUUUAAAGAAGCUUCAGUAUAAUUGCUGUAGCAUUGUAA